GCAGUGCUGGCAAAGGUGUACCAAGCCGAUAUAUAACGAGAUCAACCGUAGAUUUGAGGAUCAAAAUGGCGACCAGACUGCAGACUCUUGUCCUUCUUGUGGGCUUUCUGGGAAACUCUGCCUUGGCGCAGCUCCCGUGGGCAUUUCAGAGGAACAGCUUGUGUACUCGGGGAGCUAAAGGCUCGAGUGUUCGCAGUUGUCACCCUGGAAGAUACGCAUCAGAUUGUCCGGCCGGAUGGAAGGCUGUCAACCCCCAGAACUACCUCCUCUGCUGGGCCACGGCAAACAUAUGCUGUGAACAAGAUGCCGAGGAUCCAACAUCAGGAGUGAAUCACCCCCAGUGUGGCCUUAUUGGGGUCCAAGCCCGGUUUACUCAGUCCGAAGAUGAAGAACCCUGUCAGUCUCCAUGGCAGGCGUCGCUACGUCGUGUCACUGACGUAAACAGGCCUCAGUCAAUCUCUAAUUCCGUUCACGUUGCUGGUGGUGUGUUGGUUCAGUCCAAAUGGGUUCUCACCACUCCACUCUCAGUGUUGUUCGCAGGUAGGAACUUACCAACGGAGACCUUCCAGAACCAGAUGUUUGUUGUUCUGGGGGAUUACGACCACCAGACACUGAGUGGAGGCGAACAACUCCGUCGGGUUAGGCAGGUUUACUUUCACCCCGAAUUCAACUUUGACGUCAGCACCAACUUCCUCAACGUCCUCAACAUCUCCCUUGCCAACACAGAGAGAGUCUGGCAAGAAAAUGCAUUUGCUCUGAUCGAACUAGAAAAUGAUGUGGACAUCAACGACUGUGUUCGUCCCGCCUGUCUACCAAGCACAUCAACACAGAGAUGUACAUCUUCUCAGUGCAAGGCCACUGGAUGGGGGGCUAAUGAAAAUGAAGAACUGAGAGAUCGACUGCAGAAAGUUGACAUGACCCUGUUUGGCAAAGACGCUUGCGAAAUUUUUGAGUAUUACAAGAAUGGGGUUGAGACCAGCUAUACCGCCAAGACCGGCUGUGCUGUCAAUGACAGGGGGAGCUUUGCAUGUGUGGGAGACUUUGGAGGACCCGUGGUAUGCCAAGGAGACAACGUGAACUCUCCUCGCACAGUGGAGGGACUGGGCGUAACACAGCUACGUUGUGAUGACACGUCAAAUCCCAUGAGAGUUGCUCUUGUCAGAGAUGCCAUGAACUGGAUCGAGCAGAUAAUUAGAACUAAUUGAACACCCAUACAUAAGCACAUGUAAAUAUGCACUUUCUAUGUCAUUGAUAUUGUUGCAUCAUAAUUGGCAAAUGCAGAUGUAUUACUCAUUACUUAUGAAUAAAAUAACUUCGCACAUUGA